GCCCAAUUGUGUUUUAUUUAGGAUUUCUUUAAUACGAAGUUUAAAAUAUGUUUGGUAAACUGUAUUAUUUUUACAUCAAACGUCGAUCACGGUGUUUGGAAUUAUUUAUAACUACAUUAUUUUUAUUACACUCCGCCUGGGCUGAAUUCGAUGACGAUGUUGAUACUGUUAUAAAUUUACCCAAAUUGGGCACCAUUCAAGGAAAAGUUAUAGAGACAGCGUGGUCGAAGCGAGAAGUAUUACAAUUUGUGGAUCUCAAAUAUGCGGAAGCUCCUACAGGAAAAUAUAGAUUUAAGCCUCCACGCCCUGUAGAACCAUGGGAUGACAUCAUGGAUGCAACAGCAGAGAAAAUCGGUUGCCCAUCGGUUGUUUCAAUGGAAUCUUUAAAGAAGCUGGAUGACGUACUGGACAUUGAAGACUGUCUCACAUUAACAAUUACCACCCCUAACACCAUGGGUCGCUUUCCAGUUUUAGUGUAUAUACAUGGAGAGUAUUUGUAUGAGGGCAGUAACUCUGAAGCACCACCUGAUUAUUUGUUAGAAAAGGAUAUUGUAUUAGUGACACCUCAAUAUCGACUGGGCCCAUUUGGUUUCCUUUCAACAAAAACAGAUGAAAUACCUGGAAAUGCGGGAGUACUUGACAUAUAUUUGGCAUUACAAUUCGUCAAACACUUUAUACAAUAUUUUGGUGGUGAUGAGAGUCAUGUGACGCUAGCGGGUCAAGUAGGCGGUGCUGCUAUAGCACAUUUACUUUCUAUUUCUCCAAUAGUACAAAAAGGACUCUUUCACCAGGUAAUCUAUCACUCCGGGUCCGCACUGAUGCCUAUAUUUCUGGAAGGUAACCCCCGCCAGCUUGCACAGGAGAUUGCUGAAAAGGCCGAAUGCAAAAUGAAGACGGUGCGGGAUUUGAAUGAAUGUUUGAUAGAUUUGUCACCGCUAGAAUUGCUCAGUGCAUUUAUGACGCAUGCUCUCGAGAAAUCUGAUUUGGGAGUAGGUUACACUGGUGGAAUCCAAUUCACAAUUGGUGGACCAAGUGGUGUCUUGCCCGUGCAUCCUUAUGAACUUAUAUUGAAUUCGAAUUUUUCUUAUGCGGCAAUGGGUGGUUGUCCGAAAAAUGUUGGAUCAAGGGUUUUGAAUGAAAUCGUGGAAAAUGAUUUUGAGGGUGUCAUACCAGACGAUUAUAACACAUAUGAUUACAUUGAUCAUAUAAUUCGCCAAGUGGUGGGCACUGAUAAAACGAUGUUGUUGACUAGCUUUGUCACACAUGACUUUUUCAACAGAAAGUUAAUGGAAAAUGGUACAUUCGGCACACUUAUACCCCGUUUAAUUGACGUUUGUGGAACUUUAAUGCAUAAACUACCAGUGCUAUUAGCUCUCAACAUGAAUAAUAAACAUGUUCCUGAAAAUACAUUUCUUUAUUCUUUUGACUACAUGGGUGAAUUUAAUAGGUAUCGCGAUUUGGAUGAGGAGACAAAUAUGCAGAGUCCAUUCAAAGCGGGUGUGUCGUUAACAGAUGAGGCACUCUACCUUUUUCCAUACCCACAACAUGUUAUCAAUUUGAGUCCGCCUGAUAGGACAAUGGCCAAGCGCAUGGUGGACUUGUGGACAUCAUUUGUGAUUAACGGAAAUCCUUUUAGUGAUGUGCGUGCGGGAUAUUGGCCACCUAUGACCACUUUGUAUGGUCCAUAUAUGAAAAUAGAUGAUACUUUAACCGUUAACGGAAAUUACUUUAAAGAGUUCUCAGCAACGUUAAUAGACGAAGAAAAUGGUCACAGUUUAAUCAGAGAAAUUUAUUACCUACGAAAUAAUCGUGUCAAAAGACGGCAACAAAUGAAACGUAAUAGGCGGAGGAAACUAAAUCGUAAAAAAUCUUUGGUGAAGGGCAUACAUUCAUCUAAAAUACAUGCUUAAUUGAUUUUUAUUAAUUAAUUCGAUGAAAGUUAUAUAAUUUAAAAUCCUUUACUUGUAUAGUAUUUAAAAUAUAUACAUUUACUUGAC